AGUACCAGAUUUGAUUUGCCACCAUGUUCCUCACGUUCGCUCUCCUGCGGAAAGGUAUUCCUGGAAAGCAGUGGAUCGGAAAGUAUCGGCGUUCACGGCCCGUCUCAUGGCGGAUGGAACAAAGCAUGCUGAGGCAUCUGGAGCGUGAGGCUGAGAACGAAUACUGGAUCAGCCGAUCGUACAUGACUCAAGAGCAAGAACACGGCCACGCAGCGGAGCGCAGAGCCCAAAACUGGCUUAAGAUCAAGGAGGCAAAGUUUUCAAAUUUCCCCAAGCACAAAUACAUUACUGAUCACCUGAAUCACCUGAGAAUCUCCAAAACGUGGACAAAUUAAAAGCAAAGAAGCAAAAAUGAUCCUUUUAAUGAAAUUGCUUGGUUAUGAAGCAGGACACAUAACCUGAAGACUGUUUAAAAUCACGUCUAAAUAAAACAUUGCUUCAUUAUGAUUCUAUGUAAUUAAAUCU